CCCCGUUCCUCCGUCUCCAUGGACGCGUACAACCACCAGCGCCGCUUCCCCAGCUCCGGCGACGCGCCGCCGCCGCCGCCGCCGACGCAGCCACCUCCCUCCCACACGAACCCCCACUGGUACCCCGGCCCGGCUCCACCGCCGUACCCUCCUCCCCACGCCAACCACCCUUUCCCUCCUCAGCAUCACCAGUGGGGACCACCCCACGACCUCCAGCACCAACGCCACCCUCCGCCGCCGUAUGGGUACCACCCCUCUCUCCCUCCAAUGUCGAUGCAGCCGCCGCCGCCGCCGCCGCCUCCCGCGGCGGCGAACCCCUGGCCUCCCCACCACGCGGCUGCGCAGCCACCGCCGCCCAGCUACCCGCCACCGCCUCCGGGCCAGGCUUGGGCCAAUCAUUCGUGGGCUCAAAAUCAUGGAUACACAGGCCAUGGCAACGAGGAAGAUUGGGCUACAAAGGCGAAGGCAUGGGCUGCUGCUAAAUCUGUUACAGAAAACCACCAUAUUCAACAGCAUGCCAUAUCCACAAAUAGGCCAGAAGUUCAUAAUUAUGGUUACCAGGAUCAGUAUCAGCAACCAGCUGGUCUGCCAGCAGAACCUUUACGCCCGCCAAUCCCUCAGUCGAGUAAUGACCACUUGCUGUUUGCAAUGAAAGGACAACACAGGGAAACGAAUUAUCUGCCAGCUAAUAUUGCAGAUGGAGGUCCAUUGAUGCCACCAGCAAAGAAUAUUGGUUCAUUUCCAUCCACCUAUGAGCAGGAGGUACCGUAUAAUUAUUCUUCUACUCCAGGUGUUGGAAAUGCUAUGAUUCAAUAUCCAAGCUCCCAGACUCAGCCACCUCCAACUGCAUCAACAAUUCAAGAUGGAUUUCCACAAGCAGCCUCCAGUAUGCAUAUUGCUCCUUCACUGGAACAACCUCAUUUUGGGCAUGAUGGACAGUCUUCCAAGAUUGUGGUUGAUCCCAGCGAUCAACCUUUGGAGUUCAAUAGCAGGAAAGCUCCUGAUAUGACCGUGCAUAGAACAACAAAUUUCAAUCCUAUAGCACCAUCUGAUCACGAUGCAGAUUCAGCAGCAACGCAUUCGUGGGUCCCAUCUACUACAGUACUUUUCCCUCAAUCUUCAGUACCACCUCAAGCAGCACAGAUGGACCCUUCGGUCCAUGCUGCACCACUCUUUGGAGCAGUUUCUGGUUCAAGCUAUGUUCCACCUGCAGCAUUUGGAGUUGGUAAUGUGAUGGAAACAUUCCCUGUGGAUGCAAGCACCCCUUUUAGUGUUGCAGAAAGAUCAAAGAAACCUCCAGUGCCAACCUGGCUUCGUGAAGAACUUUUGAAGAAGAAAUCUACAUCAGCCAGUGCUUCAGUGCAACACUCAACAGAGUUCCAUUCCACGGGAUCUGAAGACGCUGAAAAAACACUUAAAAUUGUUGAUCAGGCUGAGAGCAGAAGCCUAGAUUCAGUUAAAUCUACCGAUGAUGAUGAAGAUGAUGAGGACGAAAUUGAAGCAGCCCGGAUGGCAGCAAUCAACCAAGAAAUUAAGCGUGUAUUAACUGAAGUUCUCUUAAAGGUUACUGAUGAUCUUUUUGAUGAGAUCGCAACUAAAGUUUUGAAUGAAGAUGACUCAUCAGCUGAACCCAAUGAGCCCACUAGAGUUUCUAGCGUGAAGGGACCUGGUCUGGGAGAAUCAAAACCUAUGGUUGCAGCUAAAGUUGUUCUCCCUGCUAAGACGACCAAUGCUAGCUCAGCUAAUCAUUCUGAUUGUACUGAGUUAAGUUCCCCUAAAGGUGCUCUUCUUGGCCUUGCUAGUUAUGAUUCAGAUGAUGAGGAUGAUGAAGGUGAUGCUGAGGAUAAGGUUCCAGCAUCAAACUUAUCUGAAACUAAAGCUGGCACAGCUCAUCCGGAAGAAGGUGAAAAGGCCAGUGAUGGUGAACAGCGUGGAAAUCAUAAUGAAAGAAAUUCUGCAGUCCAGAACUCUUCCUCGGGAGAAGAUUGUCCUGAAGAUCGUAAAGUUAAUGACGAAAUGUUUCAUGGGGGCUCAACUACAGAACUUAAACAAGAGCUACAUAGCCAUGACACACACAGCAAGGAAUUUCCUUCAGAUGUCAAAAUAUCAAGUCAGCCGAAGGAUGUGGUUCCUACCAUGGAUGAGAAGACUCAUGUAUAUUUUCAAAAUGGAAAAGUUCCAUCUUCUGGCAUUCAUGCAGAAAAUUAUAGUGAUGUGGAGAGCGGUCAUAGGCAUUUAGGGAAGAGCAGCCAUCAGGAAAAUUAUGUCAAUGAGCCAAAGGCUGUUCGAAGAAAAGAACCUGAAUCUUCUUCCAAAAGAUAUAAUGAUGAUGGUAAAUCUAGCAUGUAUGGAAAUAUUGAUAAAAAAGGUAGCUUCAAGGAGGAAAAAGGUUCUGACAGCAGUGCGAAACAUGGAGCAGAUACUAGGGAAUCCUGUUCUAGAGGAAACUUUAAACAGGAUGAUGCAAAAGGAGAUAGAAAGGAUUAUCAAAAGGACAUAAGGGAGAAAAGCAGGGCUUCUAUGGAUAGAAGAGAGAAAGAGAAGGGUAAACAUGAUAAGGAGGACAGGUCAAGGCAAAUUACAAGGGGCUCAAGUAGCCAUACCAGUAGAAGGUCACGAUCACCAAGUGCAAGAAGUCGGACCAAAGAGUCUUCACAUCGAGAGAGUGUCUCAAGUGAUGAGCCUUCUGAAAAUGCGAAAAGGAGAAAGCUUCAUUCACGGAAAAGCAGCAUGUCGCCUUCACCUCCAAAAUCUAGGAACAGACGAAUUUCGCGGUCUCCACAUAGCAAGCAUUCUCACCGCAGGCAUUCCCCUCAUUCAUCUGCCGAAAGGAAGAAGCGGUCCAGAUCCAGAACCCCGGUCAAGAGAAGAUAGAAGAUCCUUCGAUGUUUUCAAGAUGCCUGGACAUCCUUGUGAUGGCAUAUCGCUGUGAUAUUAACCGCUGCAUCUUCUACCGUUUCAUCGAACAACACAUCGCACGGUGACAAGAUGCCCGCGGAUCAGAUCCAUGUUUACCAGCGUAUCUACGCUGGACAUUUGCCACAGGAUAUCAGAUUUUCUGUUCGAGCAGCGAGCAGUGUACUUCGUAAUUUUGUAGGCUUAGCGACCCACGCAAUAUGGCAUGUAUUAUACUCCAUCUUGUUUAUGGGAAAUUGUCAACACCCAGUCCGGUGUAUACUGGCUUGAGAUUAUCUCUAUUUUUUAUAGUUUUGAAGACCGGGUUUGCUAAAAAUACGGCGCCUAUCACUUAAUUUUAGUCAUU